AGAAAAUAGAAAAGGACAAAGAAGAAUUUAUCGCAUGUAUAGAACAAGAGAAACAAGUUUUAAAAGCACAACUUGAUUUAACUCAAGAAGAGAAACAACAAUUAGAAAUACAGCAUCAAAGUUUAAUUGCAAAAUUGGCAAAUUUUAAAACAUCAAUAGCCGAUAAAUUGAAAACAGAUUUG